GCCCGCUCGGCCGCCGGGUCCGCGGCUGGGCUCGCGCGCGGGCCGGGGUCGUCGGGCCGUGAGUGCUGCCGGCGCGGGGCCGGGAGUUGGGGGCCGGGGGUCGCGCAGCCCGCUUUCCGCAGCGCAAUUCGGGCCGCAGCCCGGAGCCCUCCGCCCUGUUUCUCCUCCCGUCUGGGUUCCUGUCCCGCCGCUUCCCCGAGCUCCGGGUGGUGAGAAGCUGCGUGGAGCUCUGGUAACUAGUUAACUAAUUCAAACGGACCCUUCGGUGUGUCAGAAACUGCAAGGAGUUGCUAGCUCAGUGCAGCAGACAGAUUGAAGACUGGGAAAGUCCAGGUCCAAAACAGUGUGCUGUCACUUGAAUGCCUUGCAGACACUACUCUCUGUGACCAUGAAACGCUGGGUGUCCACAUUGCUGGUGGCCUGGUUUGCUGUCCUGGGCCGUGUGCAGGCUGAAUUCUUCACUUCCAUUGGGCACAUGACCGACUUGAUUUAUGCAGAGAAGGACCUGGUACAGUCUCUGAAGGAGUACAUCCUUGUGGAAGAAGCCAAACUCUCAAAGGUUAAGAGCUGGGCGGACAAAAUGGAAGCCUUGACCAGCAAAUCAGCCGCUGACCCUGAAGGCUACUUGGCCCACCCUGUAAAUGCCUAUAAAUUGGUGAAGCGGCUGAACACAGACUGGCCUGCGCUGGAGGACCUUGUCCUGCAGGACUCAGCCGCAGGUUUUAUUGCCAACCUCUCUGUGCAGCGGCAGUUCUUCCCCACUGAAGAGGACGAAAUGGGAGCUGCCAAGGCCCUCAUGAGACUUCAGGACACAUACAAGCUGGACCCAGACACCAUUUCCAAAGGGCAACUUCCAGGAACCAAGUACCAGGCAGUGCUGAGUGUGGAUGACUGCUUUGGGAUGGGCCGCUCAGCCUACAAUGAAGGCGACUAUUACCAUACGGUCCUGUGGAUGGAGCAGGUGCUGAAGCAACUCGAUGCUGGGGAGGAGGGCACCACAACCAAGGCCCAGGUGCUGGACUACCUGAGCUAUGCUGUUUUCCAGUUGGGUGACCUACACCGUGCCCUGGAGCUCACCCGCCGCCUGCUUUCUCUUGACCCGAGCCAUGAACGAGCUGGAGGGAAUCUGCGGUACUUUGAACAGUUGUUGGAGGAAGAAAGAGAAAAAGUGUUGUCAAAUCAGACAGAAGCUGGGCUAGCAACACAGGAAAGCAUCUAUGAGAGGCCUGUGGACUACCUGCCUGAGAGGGAUAUCUAUGAGAGUCUCUGUCGUGGGGAGGGUGUCAAACUGACUCCCCGGAGGCAGAAGAGGCUUUUCUGUAGGUAUCACCAUGGCAACAGAACACCACAGCUUCUCAUCGCCCCCUUCAAAGAAGAGGAUGAGUGGGACAGUCCGCACAUUGUCAGGUACUAUGAUGUCAUGUCUGAUGAGGAAAUCGAGAAGAUCAAGGAGAUCGCGAAACCCAAACUUGCACGAGCCACUGUUCGUGACCCCAAGACAGGCGUCCUCACUGUGGCCAGCUACAGGGUUUCCAAAAGCUCAUGGCUGGAGGAGGAUGAUGACCCUGUUGUGGCUCGAGUGAAUCGUCGGAUGCAGCACAUCACAGGGCUAACAGUAAAGACUGCAGAAUUGCUUCAGGUUGCUAAUUAUGGAAUGGGAGGACAAUACGAGCCACACUUUGACUUCUCUAGGAAAAAUGAGCAAGAUGCUUUCAAGCGUUUAGGGACGGGAAACCGUGUGGCCACGUUCUUAAACUACAUGAGUGAUGUGGAAGCUGGCGGUGCCACUGUUUUUCCUGAUCUGGGGGCUGCCAUUUGGCCUAAGAAGGGCACAGCUGUAUUCUGGUACAACCUCCUGCGGAGUGGGGAAGGUGACUAUCGUACGAGACAUGCUGCCUGUCCCGUGCUUGUGGGCUGCAAGUGGGUCUCCAAUAAGUGGUUCCAUGAACGAGGACAGGAAUUCUUGAGGCCGUGUGGAUCGACAGAAGUUGACUGACUUCGUUUUCUGCCCUUCUCCUUCCUGGCCCCACAGCCUAUGUCAUCCUCAAGUUCAACAUGACAGACACCUUUGUAUGUUCCAGGCCUUGUCACUUGGAUCUUAGUUGGAGUGAAUGUUUGUCUGGACCAAAGGGAGAGCCGACUGAGGAGGGUUCUGGGUGACCUGGGUCUCAACCUUUCUGGUUGGCCUGUGCCACCUCUGGCCACAGAGUUUGAGUCAGAGUGGCUACAGCAGAGUCAGGCUGUCUAGCACCUAGCAAGGUGCCUUUGUACCUCAGAUGUUUUAGGUGUGAGGUGUUUUAGUGAACCAAAGUUUUGAUACCUUGUUUACAUAUUUGUUUUUAUGGCAUUUCUAUCAAUGUGGCUUUAACCAAAAAAUAAAAUGUCUCUGCCAGAAGCCUUAAA